AUGGCUUCGUUCAUGAACUCAGAAAGAGAUAGAGGUGGAAGCAUGCUUCCUGAUAUUAAUAAAGGUAGUGGAAGAGGAAUGGGGAAUGAGAUAGGAGUCCCCGUUAAGAGGAUACUUAAGCAUCAGAGAAUGUAUUCGGUAGUGAGUAAUCCGCAGAAUGCUAUGGGGAAUAUGAUCUUGAGAGAGAAGUUUAAACUCCCAGAUCCGAAUAAAGGUAAAAUUCCGAGGCAGAUAGGAGGAAUUUCAAGUACUAUUAAUGCCAAACCUGCGGGUAAAGUAUCUCGUUCGAAGAAAAUUCUGCCUAAAUUUAUUAGAGAUGAUCCUGCUGCGGAUGGCCCGAAGAUUACUGAGGAUGAUCUUCGAGAUGGAAUGAUGAGUUUACUGAACAGAGGUAUGAUUCCUAAAGGUGUUGAUGUUACUCCUGCUUUUGAAAGAGGUAAAGCCCCAUUUGGAUUAACCCAAGCUAAAAUUCACAGCUUUUCUCAUAAAACACUUCGGAAACCGAAGACACCAUCAAUAGCAUACAAAAGGCCGGGAACAGCAGACAGGGGUGAGAUUGGACCAGCAACCUUUAUUACUGCUGGUGGGGACUUCGAAAAUUCAUAUUUGAAUAAUAUUCAUAAAUCCGAUGAUAACUUAUUCACCAAUAACCAAUAUGCAAGAGAAGAAACAAAAGAGGAUGUCCUUGAAAAUAUUUCACCAGAUAAUGAAGAUAUGGAUGAUGUUCGGGAAGACCAAAUUGAUAUUAGAGAACAAGAAGAGGAUUACCAGCUAGAUGUCAAAGAUAACCAGAGUAUAGAAGGCGAAGAACUCUACUCUAUGUAUCAAAUAAGUAUAAAAGGAGGAAAAGUAGUAGAAACUUCUCCUGAGUACAUGAGCUUUAAGAGAGCUAAUGCUACUAAAUGGGGAGCUGUUUCACUCGUUUUGUAUCUCCUUGAAAAACUGCUUAACUUAUAUAAUGUCCCAUAUGCUACAAUUGACUGUCAUAAAUUAGUCAGGCUAGCUGAAGAGGAGCUGACUCGUCCUAAUCACGAAGAGCUUUUAGAGUGUUGUAUAAAUAAGCCCCAAGUAGAAGAAAUUAUUAAUAAUCCUUUAAAGAAAUUUAAAGGGCCUAGCGGUCCUGAUUUAGCUGCUAUUUGAAUUCAAAAGAAUUGGAGGAGAUUUAAAGCUUACACAGCCUUCACAUUGCUAAAAUAUUCAAUGUCAAAAGCAACAAUUAUUCAGCGGAGAUGGAGACUUUACCAGUUAAUGAAAAAUACCAAGGCCAAAAUUAAGCAAUUCAACGAAGAAAGCAUCAAUGAAUGGAAGAUAAUGAUGAAAGAGUUCAGAAGAAGAUGGCCUGACGUAAAGAAAAAGCGAAGGGUUGAAAUUCAUAUCAACUCUUUCUCGUUCUCGGAAGAGAAAAGACUCUCAAUGGAGAAAUUCCAGCAGAGAGAGAACUCUCAGAUCUCAAGAAUAUUUAGUGUCAAAGACCCUAAAGUUGAUGUGAUUUAUGUAGCCCCUUUCACAUUAACCAAUGAAGUCUAUGAAUAUUACAAAAAGAUACUGGAAUUAGGUGAGCUAGAAAAACCAGAGAACCGGUUUCAUAUUGUCGUACCUGAAAAUUAUGUUAAAUUCAAAGAAACAAUGUCAUUGACACAAACUUUAAUUUACUCUCCGAAGGCGAUUAAGAGAAUCAAGACUCUAAUUGAGGAGAGACAAGCAUAUAUAGUACCAGGGAUAUCAACGAAGGAAGAUGUGAAGUUAUCAAUAAACCUUGGCAUCCCCAUCAUGUGCGGUGAUCCGUCCAAGGUUUCAAUGUAUUCCACAAAAUCAGGUGCUAAAAGGAUCUUUCAACAAGCUGACGUCCCUAGCCCAAUCUCUGCAUACGAUAUCUAUGAUAAAAGAGAGUUUGAGGUAUCUCUUUGCAAACUCAUUGCUCAUAAUUUAUACGUCAAUACAUGGAUCUUCAAGAUUGACGACGAGUUUAAUGGUAGAGGUCAUGCUGCCCUAAAUGUGGACUCAAUUUAAGACAGUCAUUGAACUGAGGAAGAGAAAGUUUGAAAUAACCGAUAAUAUCAUUGAGAAUAAACUGGUAGAAGUAAUUUCAAAACUUCUCCCAAAGAAAGUCAAAAUUGCAAUGCCAUCACUCUACAGAAACUGGGAUGAAUACAUUGAAGCAUUUUGUCAUGUAGGUGGAGUUAUAGAAGCAGCCCCAUCUUGUAAUUCAAAGCAAGUUGUCAGUCCUUCAGUAUCAUUCUUUGUUGCUCCUGAUGGUGAGGUUGACUUAAUUGGGUCAUUUGAUAGAUUUGCUGCAAAGGAAUUUGUAAAUGCUGGAUGAUUCUUCCCUCAAACAUCUCUGCCAAAUAUCAAUCUAAUGACUCUCUCAAAAUCUAUUGGAGAUAUUCUAUAUGAGAAGGGAGUGAUCGGACAUGUGACGGUAGAUCUUGUUGCUUUUCCAGACCCAACUAACCCUAAGGCACAUCCCUUGUUCUGGGCAGUAGACAUAAACUGAAGCCUUUCUGAUUAUGCUUCUGCUUGCUUCCAUUUCGAUCUCUUAAUGGAAGGAAGAAUCGAUAAGUUCACAGGCCAAUACUUUGUAGAGGUUCAGAAAGAUCCAGAUGAGUUGAUAGAUGCAGAUGCAGCUCAAGAAGCGAAAGAUAAGACGAAUAAGAAUGAGUUCUUCGAGCCAAGGAGCUUUAUGUUUUGCAAAUACUUACAUCAUCCUGGCUUAGCAACAAUCCAAUUCAACACCUUCUUCCAUAUGUGUAGACUUGAAAGUGUCAGUUAUGAUAUGGAGAAAAGAACAGGCUCAACUUUUUGAUUAUACGAUUGUCUGCAAGGAGGAGUUAUUGGCUUAAUCACAGUAGGAGAACACCGAAAAGUUACAGUUAAUUAUAUGGUAGAAGCACUAAAUUUCAUCCAAAAUCAAGCUGGGGUGAUCCCAUCCAAAGCUAUUAGCGAAGACUCUACAAGAAUAGACGAAAUCAACGUUGGAGAUGUCUUCUCCAGAGUCGUAUCCCUCGUAUCUUAUUUCAAAAAAGGCGGAUACAAAGCUUCAAAUUACUACAACAAAACCCAUUAUUUCUAA